AUGGAUACCAACAUGGAGGACGUCAGCCAGCCUGCCGAACUCGCACCGCCCCUACCAACCUCAGAACCCGCGACCAUACCGACGCUGGACGGAUGGAUUGAGAGCCUGAUGGCCUGCAAGCAGCUGGCCGAGGCUGAUGUUCAGAGACUCUGUGAGAAGGCAAGAGAGGUCCUUACAACCGAGUCAAAUGUUCAGCCAGUGAAAUGCCCAGUCACAGUGUGUGGUGACAUUCACGGCCAGUUCCACGACUUGAUGGAGCUGUUCAAGAUUGGUGGACCUAACCCCGACACCAACUACCUGUUCAUGGGUGAUUACGUUGACCGUGGCUACUACUCUGUCGAAACGGUGACGCUGCUGGUGGCCCUCAAGAUUCGAUACCCGGAGAGGAUCACCAUUCUGCGAGGCAACCACGAGUCGCGUCAAAUCACUCAGGUCUAUGGCUUCUACGAUGAGUGCCUGCGGAAAUACGGCAAUGCCAACGUCUGGAAGUUCUUCACCGACCUCUUCGAUUACCUGCCCCUGACCGCCCUCAUCGAUAACCAGAUCUUCUGUCUCCACGGUGGUCUUUCCCCCAGCAUCGAUACCCUUGACAACAUUCGCGCACUCGAUCGCAUCCAGGAGGUGCCUCACGAGGGUCCCAUGUGCGAUCUUCUGUGGUCUGACCCCGAUGAUCGCUGCGGCUGGGGAAUCUCACCCCGUGGAGCUGGUUAUACAUUCGGCCAAGAUAUCAGCGAGGCCUUUAACCACAACAACGGGCUGACCCUCAUUGCAAGAGCCCACCAGCUGGUCAUGGAGGGCUACAACUGGUCACAGGACCGCAAUGUGGUCACAAUCUUCUCGGGAUUCCUUGCUUACUUCGACACAGCACCCAACUACUGCUACAGAUGCGGUAACCAGGCUGCCAUUAUGGAGAUUGAUGAACAUCUCAAGUACACAUUGUAA